AUGCGGUGGUUACUUUCGUUGGCGUUGGCGACUUUCACGGCUGCUUAUGUCCAACAAGACGGCAGUACUUGUACAUUGUACCCCGAGUCACUCAACAAUGACGGCCAAGCAAUUGAUGAUGCCCCUUCUAUCCACAAGGCCUUUGAUCUCUGCGGCCACAAUGGUCAAGUCAUUUUUGCCGCGAACCACACAUUCAACAUCAACACUGUUAUGAACACAACAAACUUGGUGAACUGCGACGUCAUCCUUCGAGGCGAACUGCGCUGGUCGACCGACAUUUCUUACUGGCUGUCUCACUCCUACUCCGUUGUCUUCCAGGACCAGUCAACUGCGUGGCUGUUUGGUGGCGAAAAUGUUACUUUCCGCAGUGAAGAAGGUGGUUGGUACAAUGGCAACGGCCAGGCCUGGUAUACGCAAAACCAGAACCGGAGCAAUCAGCCCGGUCGCCCUAUCAGUAUCACCUUCUACAACUCCACCAAUCUUGUUGUGGAUGGAUUGAACAUUACCCAGCCGCAGUUCUGGGCGACAUUUGUUUCUUACAGCAAGAAUGUCUCCAUCACGAACCUCUAUGUCAACGCGACAAGUAAUGACCAGUGGGGUACGGUCAACACCGAUGGAUACGAUUCGUGGAACAGUGAUACACUGCUUGUUGAGAAUGCAGUCGUCGUUAACCAAGACGAUUGCAUUGCCGUCAAAGGGAACACCACCAACCUCAUGGUGAGGAACGUCACAUGCUAUGGAAACUACGGUAUGGCCAUCGGAUCGGUCGGACAAUACCCUGCCACACCCGACUAUGUAACGAAUGUCACAUUCGAGAACAUCAAGUGCCACGACUGCCAGGAAGCCGCUUUGAUCAAGACUUGGCAGGGAGAGAACGAUGACGGUAGCUCGAACGGCGACAGCGGAGGUGGGGGUAGUGGCGUGGUCAAGAACAUUGUUUUCCGUGACUUUGAGAUCAAUAAUGUUGCUUUGCCGAUUCAGAUCUCGCAAUGCAUCUACAGUGAGAGCACAAGCACCUGCAACACCUCCAAGAUGGCUAUCGAGGAUAUUACAUGGUCCAACAUCAAGGGAACCUCGCGGUACAAUAUCGCAUCUUCUAUUUACUGCUCGGACGUGCACCCCUGCCCAGGUCUCAAGUUCGAUAAUAUCGAGAUUCAAUCCGUCAACAGGACUUUGGGCUUGCCAAUGUGGAACACAAACCUGCAAGACGAGGUCUACCAGUGCACGAACAUCGUGAAUGGCCAAGGCAUUCCUUGCAACCACGCCGCACCGAGUAACUACGGUCAGACCGUUACGUCAAACGUUCAGGGCACUGAUGCUAGCACGGAGAAAUCAAAGACCACCGGUGCGGGGAACAAGAAAGGGAAGCAGGAGAAACUCGGAUUGAAGCAAUAA